AUUAUACCACUUACAAUCCUGUGGCAUGCCUCGAGCUCGUCAUCCUGCACCUUUGCGACCAAACCAAGACAGGUACGCUUAUGGCAGUCUCCACAAUGGUGCCAAAGACACUCUGGUCGAUCGAUUCCUGAGAUGGACAUUCAGUCCUCCUAAUCACAUUGGAACAGCACGUCAACUACGGGCCGGACAAUGGCUUCCAAUGCAACCUGACUAUUUCCAAGGAGAGCACCCACUUGGCGAGGGUGGCAUGGGCAUAGUCCAUCUGUGGUGCUGCGUCGACGAAAAUCAUCGCAUCCGAGACCGAGUUAUCGUGAAACAGGUACACCCUGGAGUCACGACUUGGGAGCGCAAAGAUGCCUGGCGCAAUGGAGAGAUAGGAGGUGAGCCUAGAGAAAGCAUGUUGGGCAACGAGGUCUACGCAAAUUUGGAGUCCUCAGCUCCAGGCGAUGGAAAAUUCGUCACACAGUGCCUUGGUUAUGGUGGAAUGCAGAGUCCUAACCCACAAGAAACCCGAGCGACGGGCAAUAUCGUGUACAGAAACAUAGCGGGUUAUAAGCUCUACAUUGAGUACUGCCCAUUUGGCGAUUUGCGAGAUGCUAUCAUACGACAGAAGGAGGCUGAGGAACCCUUUCAUGAAGGAUUCAUCUGGAUGAUGUUCGAAGCCCUUGCAGAGUGCGCUGUGGCAACGGACCAAUCCAAAAUUGUACACUCAGACAUUACUACAAGUAACACUGAUUUUGGAGCAUCGCGAUAUAUCGAUGAAGCCGCCAGAAGACGGCUUACAGGAACCGGUGAAGCAAUGCACCCAUACUUCACACCACCGGUAAUCUCAGAAGCUGACCCACACCUCAGUCGCUAUACAUAUGGUCUGACAACUGCUACANNGGAAUUGACCAGAGACGCCACCAAUUCCAACUGGGCCGUUCCUGGCCUAUAUGUCACCAAUAAGACAAAUGUGUGGAGCGUUGGUCUGAUCAUCUGCUGCCUGAUGCGUAUGGAACCAGAACUACCCUCAGUCGACUACAGUGUAGAGCUGAGAAAGCUCGUACGAUCAUGUUUGAAGUACGAUCCGACUGAGAGACCAAGUCCUUCACAGCUGUUGAAAGCAGUCAGACGAACGAUGUAUGAUCACCUUGGUGGAUUCGAUUCGUACGGGAGGGUUACUAAAAUCCCCUGGAACAAGAAAGAGAGACUGCGAGGAAACCUCAAAGAUAUUUGGGCGGUCGGCACAGGAACUCUUGCUGGAUUGCUAUAUCACAAAGAAGUUGACAGCACUUUAUUACUCCGGCUCGUUUUCUUUGUCUUCGAAUCUGAACAAGCUGGUGUCCGCAUGCGGUAUGCGAGUCGCAUUCUGAGAAGUAAAUCCAGAUUGCAUUCGCGCGCAGUGCUUCUGUCUACCUACAUCAUCACAUACACUCUAAUGAGGUUGAUUCCACAAUUCCACUUCAACCCGUUCUCGGGGCUAGCGCAAGCUAUACAAGACGAAUUGACCUUGAGAUUCUUGACGAAGUGGAGGUUCAGAUUACCACAAUACAGAGGGAACGCACGAAGGCUGCAACAGGGCGAGUGGGUGCCGAUUCAGACCUCCCGUGGCGACAGAGGGCAGGAAGAGCCUUUGGGUGAUGGAGGCCUAGGUAUUGUACACCUCUGGUGUUGUAUCGAUGCUGAAAAUCGCGUCAUCGACCGUGUCAUUGUCAAGAACGUAUUUCCUGGGACUGAGGCUUGGGCGAUUCCAAGCUUGUGGCGAGACGGACGUAUUGGAGGCGAGCCCCGAGAAGUAAUGAUCAGUAACGAGGUGUACGAUGAACUGGAAGCCGCCAAUGCUGGAGACGGACAGUUCGUUACUAGGUGCCUUGGAUAUGGAAACAUUCACGAUCCCUUCAGAUAUGAUGCUCAAGGCAGAAUCAUGUCCUACCUAGACCCACUGUUGGGAGAUGCAGAAAUCCUAGGGGGUCCACCGAGACGACGCAACCCACUGGCCGGAAAGCCCAUCACCUACCGCAUAGGGAGUUACAAGCUGUAUUUCGAGUAUUGUCCGCAUGGCGACUUGCAUACACAGAUUACGGCUCAAAACAAAGAGGAAAGACGUUACCGAGUGUCAAAAGUAAGAAGUCCUGGCGGCCACGCACACGCACGUCGCAAGGUGCAGAUUAUCCGAGACGUACCAUUCCACGAGGGUUUCAUUUGGAGGAUGUUCGAAGCAUUAGCAAAGUGUGCUGUAGCCAUGGAAAGGGCAAACGUUCUGCAUGGGGACCUGUGUCCCACUAACAUCUGCUGUANNGUUUUCUUGGGCGAGAGCGACCCUAAUAGAUUCAAGAUAUGGCCAAUUCCCAAGUUGUCUGAUUUUGGCUCUUCGCAGCACAUCGACCUGAUGACAAGAAAUCGAUUUGGCGAUUUCGAGAACGGCAUGCAAGUGUCCUUUACACCACCGGAGCUCGCCAGGCCGGGCGGAGUGUACGAAGUUCCGGGCAUGAAAAUUACGCACAAGACCAACGUCUGGCAAAUAGGCAUGGUUAUUGCUUGCAUGAUGCGUCUUGAUGUUUACCUACCAGAGACCGAUUGGCGUACAAUGGAUUCCCAUGUACCAGCAGACACCGAACUUCACUUCGACGAUCCCGAUCGGCGAGAACUCAAGGAUAACUUGUUCCAGCACCCUAACUGCCACUACAGUGCGGAAUUGAUAGGACUUGUAAAGGAUUAUCCGAAGGCCAACGCCUCAACGGUUGUUGGCAAGAGUCCAACAACUGAUGCAAGGCCGAUGUGGCGGUAUGGAGACCUAUACUGGAAAUGC